CCAUUCGAUGUCAUCGUCGUUGGUGGCGGCCACGCAGGCGCCGAGGCCAGCGCAGCCGCAGCCCGAGCAGGAGCCCGCACCGCCCUCGUCACACCCAGCCUCGAGAACCUGGGAGUAUGCUCCUGUAACCCGAGUUUCGGCGGGAUCGGAAAGGGGACAAUUCUCCGAGAGAUCGACGCGCUUGACGGGUUGGCUGGGAGGAUAAUCGACAAGGCUGGCUUGCAGUUUCGGGUGCUGAACAGGAGGAAAGGACCGGCAGUGUGGGGACCGCGAGCGCAGAUCGACCGGGCGUUGUACAAGAAACAUAUGAAGGAGGAGUUGACAAACUACAAGGACCUGGAGGUGGUUACCGGCAAGGUGGAGGAUAUCAUUGUCUCCGACGCUGGUCUGACCGAAGAAGAGAGGGCAGAGGGCGCAAGGAGCAAGAUUACUGGUGUGAGGCUAGAGUCAGGGGAGGUAUUACCGGCAAGGUCGGUGGUUAUCACAACAGGAACAUUCCUAGGAGGCGAAAUCCACAUCGGCCUCGAAGCCUACCCGUCAGGUAGAAUGGGCGAGGAAGCCACCUUUGGCCUCAGCAAAUCCCUGCGCGAAGCAGGCUUCAAGCUCGGCCGUCUCAAAACAGGCACGCCACCACGCCUAGCCAAGGGCAGCAUCAACUGGGACAUUCUCGAAGAACAGCUCGGCGACGACCCCCCCAUGCCCUUCAGCUACCUCAACGACAAGGUCGACGUCGACGGCCACCAGCUCAAAUGCCACGCCACCUACACCAACCACUCCACCCACGACAUCGUCCGCGCCAACCUCGACAGAACCAUCCAUAUCCGCGAGACGGUCAAAGGGCCGCGGUACUGCCCCUCCCUCGAGUCCAAAAUCAUCCGCUUCGGCCACAAAGACUCCCACAUCGUCUGGCUCGAGCCCGAAGGCUUCGACAACGAGGUCAUCUACCCCAACGGCCUCUCCAUGACCAUCCCCGCCGACGCCCAAGAAGCCCUCCUCCGCACCAUCCGCGGCCUCGAGAACGUGACGAUGCUCCAGCCCGGCUACGGCGUCGAAUACGACUACGUCGACCCCCGCUCUCUAAAACGCACCCUCGAAACAAAACACAUCUCGGGCCUCUUUCUCGCCGGCCAAAUCAACGGCACGACCGGCUACGAGGAAGCCGCCGGCCAGGGCGUCAUCGCUGGCAUCAACGCCGGCCGAACAGCCCUCAACCUCCCGUCCGUAUCACUCUCCCGGUUCGACGCCUACAUCGGCAUAAUGAUCGACGACCUCGUCACCAAGGGCGUGUCGGAACCAUACAGGAUGUUCACCUCCCGAAGCGAAUUCCGCCUCCGCACCCGGUCAGACAAUGCAGAUGUAAGACUCACACCCCUAGGCCACUCCUGGGGUGUCAUCUCCCCCUCCCGCUGGGAAAGUUACCUCGAAACCUCGUCCUCUUCUACAGCCCUAUACUCCCUCCUCGAAAGCACGAUUUUGCCAUCCCCGCAGUGGACAACCACCCACCCGCUCCCACAAACAAAUUCCGAUAUCAACGGGGUCAAGGUGUCAGGUAUACAAAUGCUUCGCAAAAUCUACGAGCACGCCACCACCACCAACCUCUCGUCGUCUUCCUCCCCUCCCCCUUUGUCAUCUUCUGUCUCUGCAUUGGAACCCACCCUCCCCGCAGUAGGGGAAUUCCCCCCCAAAACCCAAGAGAGGGUCGCGAUCGAGGCGGUGUACGAGCCGUUUGUCAAGUUUCAGCUUGCCGAGGCGGCCAGGGCGGUGAGGGAUGAGCAUCUUUUGCUGCCGACCGAUCUCGAUUACACCACCGUUACUGGGUUGAGCAUAGCUGAACAGACAAAGCUGAACGAGACGCGGCCGGAAAGCAUAGGGCAGGCGAGGAGGGUGGAGGGCGUGACGCCGAAUGGGGUCGUGAUGUUGUUGCGGCAUGUGAGGAGACGGGGUGGGGGGGAUUACCAACGGGGGGGUGGGGAAAAGGGGAGCAAGGCGCUGGAUUUGGAACUGCCCGGCCUUCAGGAAGGGGAGGAUAUGGGGGCUGUGGAGGGGAGGGUUAGGGUUGGGGAGAUGAAGGGUUGA